CGAGGAGGCUCUAGCUAAUGACAUGACUUUAGGAAACAUUCCAACAAUCGUUGCCCCUACAUCCUAUGCACUGGUUCCCCUUCUAGAUGAACACAUUGAGGACAACUCUUGGAGGUCUUGGGAUUAUGAUACAACCUACACCGACGAAGGAGAGUUUCAAAAGGGUAUGAUGUUUGAUAACAAGGAUGCGUUGUUGGACGCUGUUAGAUUGUAUCGUAUUCGUAGGAACAUUGAGUACCGAACUGAGACUUCAAAUCAAACCGUGCUCACCUUGAAGUGUAAGAGAGGGUGUGGUUGGAGGCUUAGGGCUAGGAAGAGCUCCUAUUUACCAUCAUGGGAGAUUAUUACGUAUAAAGGGAAGCAUGGGGGUUGUGUAUUAAGUACUGAAAACGUGUCAGCUGGGCACAUUCAUUUGACAUCUUCCGUGAUUAACAAUCUUAUUAGAAAUUGUGUUGCUAGAGACCCAUCAAUUAAGGUCUCUGUUGUGCGUCAAAUGGUGAAAGACCAAUUCGGUGUCGAAGUGACCUAUAAGUGGGCAUGGUGUGCUAAACAGCAAGCCCUUCUCUCCAUCUAUGGUACAUGGGAAGAUUCUUAUCUUCUUCUUCCACGCUUCUUGAAGGCACUGCAAAUUUCAAACCCCGGGACCGUAGUUGAGUGGUUCUUUAAGGAAGAUAAUGAUGUCGGUGUGUAUGUCCGUCCUAGUAUUAGAACUUUCCAACGCGUGUUUUGGGCUUUCCAACCUAGUAUUGAGGGAUUCAAGUAUUGCAAACCCGUUAUUGCCAUUGACGGAACACAUUUGUAUGGUAAGUAUCGCAAUACGUUGUUGACUGCCAUUGCCCAAGAUGGGAACAAGGGAAUCUUCCCGCUUGCCUUUGCCUUGGUCGAAAAAGAAUGCAUAGCCGCGUGGUCUUGGUUUAUGGCCUAUGUUCGUAAGCACGUGAUGCAUAGUCCAGGGUUAUGCGUUAUUUCCGAUAGGCAUGCGGGCAUUCUAGCAACCAUGGAGGAGCCGAAAUGGCAACCUCCGAACGCCUAUCAUAGGUUUUGCUUGCGGCAUUUGUUAAGUAACUUCAACCAUCAAAUGGGUAAUGUGAAGUUGAAGAAAAUGUAUGGAAGGACUGCAGAGCAAAGACAACCAAAUAAGGUCGUCGAGGGAUUGAAGGCCAUUGGUGUUGCUAAUCGAGAGGCUCUUUUUUGGAUUGAUCAAGUUGGUGAUAUGUGCAAAUGGUCAAUAUGUCCGACCCUAGUGUCCUUACGAUGCAGGCGAAUCACAGGAGCAGUGUGCUAUGGGAUGUACUAUUGAACUUACCCCUUUUGAAUUUAGUACUUCAUAUUACUUUAACUUGAAGCUAACAUAACUGGCGCCAUGUCGCUCGUUGGGAGCACAGGCUAGAGCUGCUGGCCCAAGGUGCGCCUAUCGACGCUGCAGGCGCACCUACUACGGCGGAUUACAUGCCGUGGUUCCACUCCAUCACUCGUCGAUGGAUGACACCACGAGGUAUCAUGGCGACAGCCCAGUACGCUCCCGCAACACCGACGAUGACACACUUUGCACAGGGCAUUGCAUCUGUCAUCAGCUCCUCCCAAGAGGAGCCUGUACGGGAGAUUGCCCAAGGCAUACUCCUAGGGACGCAGUUUCAACACUUUAUUCCGGAAGUGACUGCGCCCGACACCACUAUGUACGAGUACGGUUCAUCUCCUCAUCGUGCCGACGUUCAUCUUGAGGAGGUUGACUUAACGUGCCCGGACUACGGUGCCGGGUCCUCACAGGGUGCCACAUCCUCACAUUAUCAAUCACCUCCCCUACCCGAGCGUCAUGCGACGGCCUCUUACUAUCGUAGGAGGCGUCGUAAACCGUCACAAUUAGACAGGGUACAGGAGGAGGAUUAGCAUUACAAUAGUGUUUGUAUAUAUUAAAGAUUAGUGAAAUUUUGUUUAUAUUGAACAUUUGUACAUAAUCAUUAUUUGUAACAUUUUGACUUUUGUGUAUAAUUUGUAAUAUAUGUGUACAUGUAUAUAUUUUAA